AUGGGCCGGUUCCUUCACCUCAGUCUUCUUUCACCUCUGGCCAUGUCGAGUGCCUUGGCCUGGUCUGGCACUCCAAGGAGCCAUGGCGUACAACCAUUGGCAAUGGGCACAUUUAUGCUGAUCCCCAGCUUGCUUGCACCAGUUGUCUCGGCCUAUGUCGUGCCACCACCCAGUGGUGAGAGAUAUGGGGGGUUCAGGGCUAAGAGACAGGUUGAAGGCACUGAGACUGGCGUCACUAUUGCCACUGAAACCACUGUCGCACUCACCACUGACGAUCUUGCCCUCGCUACGGCCACAGAAUCUGUUGACAUCGCCACCGCCACCGCCACCGCCGUUGACAACGUCGCUACAGCAGCAGCAGCUGUUGGCGCAGAGGCCGAGCAAUGUGUUCUUCGUGCAGUCGAAGCAGCCAUUGGAGUUCUCGCUGCUGGUGCUGGCGCUGGCGCUGGUGCUGCCGCUGAAGUGGAGAAUGUCGACGUGACCGCCCUAGUGACAGAUACUGCUGUCGUAGCCACCAUCGCAACUGCCACUGCCACCGCCGAAGGCGUCGCCGUCGCCGUCACCGACGUUACAGAGACCGCUGCGGUUGACACAGUCUCAGCAACUGCCGUCGAUACCCUAGCGGUCAACACAGCAUUAACAACCGCCUCUGUCGAAACAACAGCCACUGACACAUUACUAGCCACCGCAGCUCUCGAAACCACGGCAACACUCGCCACGGCAGUUGAAGCAGCAGCUGCAGUGCAAACCUUGGGUGUCGAGCCUGUUCUCUUGAAUUCUAAUGCUACGGUUGCUGCCAUCGCUGCUGCUUGCGCGGUUGGUAUCGCUGAUGUCGAAGCUGCUUUUGCUGCUCAGGGUAUCACGCUUGAGGCAGGACAAGUUUGUCCUGCUCUUCCUCCUCCGCCUCCAGAGGUAGCAGGCGAAGUUCCUCCACCUCCACCUCCGGCUCAAGCUCCUGGCCAUGAUCAGGGUAUUGGACGAGGUGCUGAGCGUGGUCCAGGAGGCGGCGCCGGCGGCAGAGGCAACGGCAACGGCAACGGCAACGGUCGUGGCAAUGAACGUAGCGGCAAUGGAAAUGGAAGGAAUGGUGGUGGAGCUAUUGUCGUGGUUUCACCUCCCAUUGGAAACGGACCUGCUGGUGUCCCUGCUGGCUUUGGACAUGCAGGUCAACAGAUCCAUAAGCGCUAG